CUCUGUGCAGUCUGUCCGCUGCAGCUCAAACCAGCAGCUGAUCUCCAAACGCAGAGAGAGAGAGAGAGAGGGGGAGAGAGAUGGUGUGGAGCGCGACGAUGGUAGGGGCGCUGCUGGGGCUGGGCACCCAGAUGUACUCCAACGCCCUCCGCAAGCUCCCUUACAUGCGCCAUCCGUGGGAGCAUGCGGUCGGGAUGGGGCUCGGGGUGGUGUUCGUGAACCAGCUGGUGAAGUGGGACGCCCAGCUCCAGGAGGACCUCGACAAGAUGCUCGAAAAGGCCAAGGCCGCCAACGAGCGCCGCUACUUCGAUCAAGAUGAUGAGUAGUAGCAAAAUUCGAUGUCCUGGUGGAAUUUUCAUCCUUUUAUUUGGUGGGAUGCGGACACAUCUUUGCUAUACAGUGCCGUUCGAGUUUCAAGUAUGAUUUUCUAUGUGAAUUGCAUUUUUCCAAGCAGACCUCAAGCAUUGCAAUUAAUAAAAUUUUCAGAGGCCUACUUUUUGUGAUAUUAGUGUGAUCUGUUUGGAUCCUCUUUCUGUCAAGCUUUGGGACUAGUUGGAAUAUCAUACUGGAAUGUUUAAUAAUUCUAUAGCAGGUAAGGCUCGGUUUUCUGCGAA